AUGUCAAAACCAAGAGUAGGUAAAGAGUUAUCCACACCGACGGGUUCAACGAUUUCUCGUCAACCCCUUGGGGGAUGUGAAUACCCCUCCCAAAGGGCUGACUUGGGAACAAGAUGUAAUAUUUAUCCUCAUCAAACUGUUCAAAUGAAAAGUAGCUCUAUAAAUCAAAUCCCAGUAUGGAUUUCGACUACUUCUCGUCCUGGAUUGAGUGGUUUUAACGCCGUGUCUCCAAGAGGACGUCGGACUCUCUCCCCACCCCAACCUCCACCCUUACCUCCUCCACCACCUAGUCCUCAACUUGUGCCUUUGAAAGCUCGUUUAGCGAGAUCUAAAUCGACUGCCACAAGACCAGUAACUUCCCGUCCGGAUUACUGCCAAAGGCUUCGUAAAGCUAGUGAUGGUGGAGCUCCAACACGCCUUACAAACUCAAGCUCAGUUCGAACAAGAUCUACCUCAGAAUUACGAUCGAGAAUCGAAAUUAAAGACGAGCCUUCAGAAAGUAAUACAGGGCGGGUGGAAACAAGUGAGGAAAAACCAAGUGUACUGACGGUUAACCCGAGUGCUUUCCUUCCUAUUGCUCAUCCUACUGAACGCAGUCCUGUUUAUGUCUGCCUUGCCAAUGUUGCCUUUUUAAGUUUAUCACUAUUGGUUACUAGUAUAUUUUCUACUAUCUUUCUGCCAUUUUGCCUGAUUGCUUGCCUUAUAAGACGUACUGGCAUCUGGUUUGCUAAUGUCUUCCAAUAUACCACGUGCUGCCAAUGCGGAGGUUUUCGUAUUUCAAAUAAUACACUUCCUUUAAUUGAAGCGAUAAUAUCACGUUUAUCAGCUAGCCUUAAUUCUACUCAAAGAUGUAAUUGUUUUACUGAUAAACAGUUGGAAAAUUACUACGGCGACUCAUUGAAAGCUCUUUCAUCAGCCGAGCUUCGGUGGCUUCCAGCUCUUGAGUAUAAAUACGAACCCGAUUUGAAUGGAACAACGUGCCCUACUUUGUAUUAUUCAGGUCAAUCACCUUUGGUCAUUAUAUGCUUGAGAUUUGGUGCACCAGGACUAAAAUUAUCACGCUUACGUGAGUUGAUCAGUAGCCGGCUACUUUCUCGACCAUCCGAUUGUUCAUCAGUUGCUUCAUCUUCAAGAGGUUCUUGUUUAACAGAUAAAGGAUUUUCAGAUACUAGCAGAAAACGCCGUGAAAGCUCGUGUAUUCCACCUUCAGAUGCUCGUUCACGCUUAACACAAUGUCUAACAUAUAUAUCAACUGGAUAUGCAUGGAGAGAAUGUAUGGCCUUCCAACUUGAAGAACAUGUAGUCCGAUUGUCUCCUACUCUUCAGAGAAAGUCAGAAGUUAGUUCAUCACGACCGUAUGGAUCAAAAUGGGAAGACAAGCACUCAGCAAACUCUAAGAUGAUUAAUUUGGAAGUGCUUCUUGACGAACUGAGUGGUCUACCUUUAAGACUUGAUCGGCCGCUCUGGAAGGCUCAUUUGAUGGAACACUUCUGCGAGAAUGAUUGCGAUGAAACAACAGAAACAUCAGAUAUAGAAAGUGAUGCUGACUCUGAUGAAUCCAGCACAUGCCAAACAUCACAUUCUAGUCGUAAACUUGUCAAUAGUAAUGCGGAAAAAUUGAAUAAAACAAAAAUGAACUUGAUAAAUAAUUAUAAUCAAACAUAUAAUGCUACUUCGAGUUAUACAAAUAAAAGAAAUUUAAAUCCAUUUGUAUGUCGACGUUCUGGUGCUUCAGGCGUAGGAAGUUUAUUGAUUUUUCAAUUUCAUGCAGCAUUAUCUGAUGAUGGUAAAGCAUUAGUGAAUAUGGUCACGAACUGUUUAGCUGAUUUGCCUAGUCGAACACAAACACCAUUACAUUCACCAAAUAAACAAACACCAAUUCAUACAGCAUCAUCAUUAAAUGAUUCGAUUGAUGAGAUGAUCAUUAAUCAUUCAGUGACAGGAAUAACCACAUCCAAACCAUCAUCAACAUCAACAUCAUUAUCAGGUAAUAAUAAAAAGAAAUGGACUGGAAGAAAAUUUGUCAAUGAAAAUUUCACUUAUACAAGUGAGAAUAAUUCUAAUAUUAGUAAUGAUCACAGUGUAAAAAAUGCUUCAUCUACAUACAACAAAAACGAGUCUAAAUGGCCUACUACAAUUGUAUCAUCUGGUAAUUCUACUUCACCAUAUAAUUCAGCAUCCUUUUAUCAUUCACGUGAAUUAUCUAAAACUAUACUAUUAAAUGAAGAACCAUCUCAAUCAAAUAUUUCAAAUAUCACAGAUAGUAAACAUCCAUCUGAGAAAUCCAAAUCUAAUCAAAAUGAAUCAAUCUCGAAUAAUGUAUCAACAAGUUCUUCCAUUAAAACAACAACAACAACCACUUCAAUUACCAAUUCAUUGUUAGAUGAUGAAGAUUCAGACGAAUCUGAAGCUGCACAAUGGUGGUAUACAUUUUGGGCUAGUUCAUUAGCUACCAUAGCUACUGUUUGUGAUAUAAUCAGAGUAUUGAUUACUGGACCAACUAUUAUUUUUCAUAAAUAUUUUAUUACUAAUGCUGAUAUGGGUUUAAUUACAAAGUAUCAAAAUACAAAACAAUUUAAAUUAACAAAUAAUAAAAAUAAUCAAAUUACCAAUAAUGGUAAUAAUAAUAAUAAUAGUAAUGAAGAUAUUAAAAUUGUUCACAAGUGUGCCUUAUUAUCAUUAUCAAAAUUGAGUCGUCUACGUCAAAUUACUAAAGCUUCUUAUUCAGAAUUAAUUUUAAGUUUAUUAGCUGGAGCAUUACGUGGUUAUCAUCAGACAAUGGGAUUUAAACAUCCUCCUGAUUUAUUAGCAUUUUUAUCAACUGAAGUGCCUGUUUUACCAAGUUGUCAUCUGACUACUUCAUCAGUAUCUAUUUCCAAUUGUAACAACAAUGAAGAUCCACCAUGUACAACUUUAUCACGUGUUUUAAAUAUAACUCAAAGAGUUAGGACAAAUAAUCUUGAUUUUUUGCACAUUUCUCCUUGGCGUCAACAACAACAACAACGAAUACAUCAUGAUAAUAAUACCGUUGAAACUGGUUUAUUAGGAAAUACAAAUCGAAUGGUAGCUUUAAGUUCACCAACCACAAACACCGCUACAAAAAUAACAACAACACGAAAUUUAUGCCCAGGCAGAAGUGUAUUAACUGAAUUUUGUUUACCAAUUAACACAGAAGGUAUGUUACCUAGAUUAUGGGAAACUAAACAACGUUUAACUGAAUUAAAUACAUCAGUUGAUUCUUUAUGUUUAGCAUGGGCACGUACAGCAUUAUAUACUUUAAUGCCACAUUCUGUAGCGAAAUGGAUUGAAACAACAUAUGGUGGACCAGCAAAAUCCAGUGUAACUAUAACUGGUGUUGAAGUUAUAUCACCGUUUACAACAACUACAACUACAACUAGUGCAAGUUCGUCAAAAAUAACUGAUUCCAAUUAUUCAUAUCAAAUGCCUAAAUCAAGACGUUUAGCAUAUAUGUCCCUAUUAGCUAGUAAAUCUUCAGAUGCUCGUAUACUUCGUCAAAGAUUAAGAAAACGUCUUUCACGUGGAACAACAACAGCGACAUCAGCAGUUUAUCCACCUCGUUUAGGAACAAGUUUUCGUGCAUUAGCUCGACAUUUAGUGAAUGCCAAUGCUGGAAUUAUGUAUAUAGCUGGUUGUCCUAUUAUUCGUAUUGAUACUUGGAUGCCUUCGCCAGUGAAUAGGCCAUCGCAAUUUAUUUCAAACAGUCAUUUAGCUGUAUUAGACAAUGGAGUUAAUAAAUCUGCUUCCAAUGAAACUGUUGUACAUGUUUGUCGUGAUUUAAGUGUCACUUAUACAACAUAUGCUGGACAAUUAUCGCUUGCAUUUUCUGCCAGUUCAAAACAAUGUAUUCAUCCAAAUUUGGAUUUGAUCAUAUCAAGUAUUAAAUCACAGCUUAAUAAAAUGUGUCAACUACUUUCUGGACGUCAUGUACCCAGUAUGACUAGCCGUUGGUUGCGUCAUAGUUCAAGUACUGAAUCGUCGUCUGUAUCUGCAUUGUCUGCAAUUAGUAUGAGUCCAUCAUUAAAUCCAAGUCUAGUAUUGCAUAAUGAGAUGUCAAAAACAAAUGAACAAACAAACACUUCUACCACUGCUUCGUUUUCUUCAUCGCCAGUUAAUAUGCCAACUAACAAUUCAUCUACUAAUGUAACAGAUGAAAUAAACUCAUCUAAAGACGAAAUCUUAUCAUGUAGACAAUUAAAUUCAGAAUACUCGUCACAUAAUUCUAUUGUUAGUCAAUAUAUUGAAUCGAAUAAUAGCAUUAAUAAAAAUCAGUCUCGGUUAUGCUCAUCAGAUGGAAGUAAAUCAAUCCAAUUUUAUCAAGUUGGUCAACCUAUUGAACAGCUUCAGGAGCAACUUCGAUGGGUCCAAAGACAGUUGGAGGAAUCUUCCAAUGCUAAAAAUAUAGUUGGAUCUACAACAGCCAAUAACAUCAAACUAGCAAAAUUACGCAGUGAAUUCUGUAUUUUACUGAGACAGUUAAAGCAACGAUGUAGUCAAGGUGAACUAGGUAUCGAUUCUUCUCUAAGUGAUUUGAACAAUGAAUUUCAAGAUAUAUCUUAUGAGUCCAAAUUAAAUUGUGCCUCAAUAUCAAGAUCAGGCAACUCAUCACCUCAAAAAUCUGCACAGGCUACAUCAGGUUAUCCUUGCCUAAAUGGUCAGUUCAAUGUUAAUCCAUUUAGAGCGGAACAAAGUUCUACAAUUAAACGUUCAAUAACUACUGGAGACUUUGAUGAAGAUCCAGACUUUUACAUAACGGGACAGCCAGAUGCCGAUGAUUUUGAUGAUAUAGACUCCAGUGAGUCGGAAUUCGCCUUGAAGGAAGCUUCAAAUGCAAUAUCUGAGAUUUUUAAAUCAACUCCUAACGUAGAUGAACAUGAAUCUAUAAAGAAUCAUAGAACUCCAAACAACUCAUGCAAACGAAAUAAAGUUGAUGGCAAUGAAGGUGAAUUAUUUAGAAAGAAGAAACGCAUUCGGAAGAACAUAACUACCUCUGGGCGGCGUCGUCCCUCGAAAAAAGCAGUAGAAGUGAUUAGUUUAAAUUUUAUUCCUAGUCGCCGAGAGAGAAUAAUAUCCAAUAAUCGACAGAUAUACGCAUUUCAUAUGCAGUCAUCGAUUAAAGCGCCAACCACAGAACUGAGAGAAUACUUGAUUUUAUGGAUGUAUAGUAACCCAGUUUCAAUGGAUAUAACACGCCCCUCUUAUUAA